CGCUCCUUCUUCUUCUGCUCCUCCUUCCCUGCUCUGCAAUCUCAAAAGCCCCACAGAAUCCGACUCAAUUUCUAUCUUCUUUGUCUCUCUCUGUCAUCGAGCUUGGAAUGGCUGUUGAUUCCGUCCUGUCGUCGCCUCUGGGACCGCCGGCGUGCGAGAAGGACGCAAAGGCGCUCCAAUUCAUCGAAGAAACGACGCGAAACGCCGACGCAGUUCAGGAGGCGAUGCUGGCGGAUAUUAUGAGCCGAAACGCAGAGACAGAGUACCUGAAACGACACUGCCUCGGCGGCGCCACCGAUCGCGACACCUUCAAGUCCAAAAUUCCGGUCAUCACCUACGAGGAUUUGCAGCUGGAAAUCCAGCGGAUUGCCAAUGGCGACCGCUCCGCCAUCUUGUCCGCUUAUCCCAUCUCCGAAUUCCUCACCAGUUCGGGGACUUCCGCCGGCGAGAGAAAACUGAUGCCCACAAUUCAGGAAGAGCUGGAUCGCCGUCAACUGCUCUACAGUCUCCUAAUGCCCGUAAUGAACCUGUACGUGCCUGGUUUGGACAAGGGAAAAGGGCUAUACUUCCUGUUUGUGAAGUCGGAAACAAAGACUCCAGGAGGACUCCUUGCCCGUCCUGUGCUCACCAGCUACUACAAAAGCGAGCACUUCAAGUCCCGCCCCUACGACCCCUACAUGGUGUACACCAGCCCCAACGAGACCAUCCUCUGCCCCGACUCCUUCCAGAGCAUGUAUUCCCAAAUGCUCUGCGGCCUCUACGAGCGCCACCAUGUCCUUCGCCUCGGCGCCGUUUUCGCCUCCGGCCUCCUCCGCGCCAUCCGCUUCCUGCAACUGCACUACCGCCUCCUCGCCGCCGACAUCGCCGCUGGCACCCUCAACUCCAAAAUCACCGACCCCUCCGUCCGCGACUGCCUGACCCAGAUCCUCCGACCUGACCCGGACCUCGCCGACUUCGUCACAUCCGAAUGCUCAAACGAAAAUUGGGCGGGCAUCAUCACCCGAAUAUGGCCCAACACCAAGUACCUCGACGUCAUCGUCACCGGCGCCAUGGCGCAGUACAUCCCCACCCUCGAUUUCUACAGCGGCGGGCUACCCCUGGCCUGCACAAUGUACGCUUCCUCCGAGUGCUAUUUCGGACUCAACCUCAACCCGAUGUGCAAACCCGCCGAAGUCUCCUACACCAUCAUGCCCAACAUGGCCUACUUCGAGUUCCUCCCCCACGAACCCGCGCCGUCCGGGUCGACCCGAGAGCCGACUCCGAAGCUCGUCGACCUCGUCGACGUGGAGGUCGGGAAGGAGUACGAGCUCGUGAUCACCACCUACGCGGGUCUGUACCGGUACCGGGUGGGCGACAUCCUCCGGGUCACCGGGUUCCACAACUCGGCGCCGCAGUUUCACUUCGUAAGGCGGAAGAACGUGCUACUUAGCAUCGACUCGGACAAAACCGACGAGUCGGAGUUGCAAAGGGCGGUGGAGAACGCGUCGCGGCUUCUCCGGGAGCACGCGAGCGUGGUGGAGUACACAAGCUUCGCCGACACGAAGACUAUCCCGGGGCACUACGUGAUAUACUGGGAGCUGAUGACGGCGGGGAACUCGCCGCCGGGAGACUCGGUGCUGAGUCAGUGCUGCCUGGCGAUGGAGGAAUCGCUGAACUCAGUGUACAGGCAGUGCCGGGUGGCGGACAACUCGAUCGGGGCGCUGGAGAUUCGGGUGGUGAAGGGGGGAACGUUUGAGGAGCUGAUGGAUUACGCGAUCUCCAGGGGCGCGUCUAUCAACCAGUAUAAGGUGCCGAGGUGCGUCAACUUUACCCCGAUCGUGGAGCUGUUGGACUCCAGAGUGGUGUCGGCGCAUUUCAGCCCGGCGCUGCCGCAUUGGACUCCGGAGAGAAGACGGUGAUCCGGCGGAUUCAGCACCGACUGACCGACCGGCCGACGUAGUCAAUGAUAGAUAAAGUCAACUCCCGGGAGAUUAACUUAAUUUCUUUUCUUUCUUCUCUUUUCUAUAAAAAUAUUUUCCUUAUCCUUUUCACUUGUUUUUUUUUUUUUUUUGGGUUGUUUUAAAAUAUCUAUUUCUUCAUUUUCCUGUGAUUAGUCUUGGCCAAAGUUGACAAGUGUAAUUUGAUGAGGACCACUCAGAGCAAGGCAAAGCAAUGAAAUGCAUGGGGGGGUUCAAGUAAUCUGUUAAAA